CACACGAUGCUGGCAAUCCGUCCUUUGUUGCUGUCGAAGGUAUUAUGGCUGCCAUCGGUCUCCGGCCACCGGAUGGGAUCGGCACCGCUGCGAGCAAAGGCUUCACUGCCGGUAGUGCAGAAGGACAAACCGGAGAAAGUGCCCUACUCUCCGUUCGGAAACAAACAAUCCAACCAAGGUGACUGGGUCGUGGCUCGCCUCGAUGAUUUGCUGAACUGGGGACGCAAGGGUUCGAUGUGGCCACUCAUGUUCGGGUUGGCGUGCUGCGCCGUCGAAAUGAUGCACAUGGCUGCGCCGCGCUACGAUUUGGAUCGUUUCGGUGUACUGUUUCGUGCCUCACCGCGCCAGGCCGACAUACUGUUCGUGGCCGGUACGCUGACGAACAAAAUGGCACCGGCAUUGCGCAAAAUCUACGAUCAGAUGCCGGAACCGCGCUGGGUCAUCUCGAUGGGAAGCUGUGCGAAUGGCGGCGGCUACUACCACUACUCGUACUCGGUCGUCCGUGGUUGCGAUCGCAUCAUACCGGUCGAUAUUUAUGUUCCGGGUUGUCCACCGACCGCCGAGGCCCUCCUGUACGGCGUGCUACAGCUCCAGAAGAAAGUGAAGCGCAUGAAGACAGUGCAAAUGUGGUACCGCAAGUAA